AUGCGGGAAGUGCGCUCGGCCUCCUUCUGGAGGGCCGUCUUCGCCGAGUUCCUCGGCAGCCUCCUCUACGUGCUGCUGGGGCUGGGGGCCUCGCUGCGCUGGGCCCCGGGCCCCCCCGGCGCCCUGGGGGCCGCCCUGGCCUUUGGGCUGGCCCAGGCCACGCUGGUGCAGGCCCUGGGCCACGUGAGCGGGGGCCACAUCAACCCGGCCGUCACCGUGGCCUUCCUGCUGGCCGCGCAGCUCUCGCUGGCCCGCGCCCUGGGCUACCUGCUGGCCCAGCUGCUGGGCGCCCUGGCCGGCGCCGGGGUGCUCUACGGGGUGACGCCGGCCGCCGUGCGCGGCACCCUCGGCCUCAGCGCGCUGCACCCCAGCGUGGGCCUGGGCCAGGGCACAGCGGUGGAGCUCAUCCUCACCAUGCAGUUCGUGCUCUGCGUCUUCGCCAGCUACGACGAGCGCCGUGACGGCCGCCUGGGCUCUGUGGCCCUGGCCGUCGGCUUCUCCCUCACCCUGGGGCACCUCUUCGGGAUCUACUACACGGGAGCCGGCAUGAACCCCGCACGCUCCUUCGCCCCCGCCGUCAUCACCCGCAACUUCACCAACCACUGGGUGUACUGGGUGGGCCCGCUGCUGGGCGGCCUGCUCGCCGGCCUGCUCUACGACUUCGUGCUGGCACCGCGGCCCCGCAGCCUGGCCGAGCGGCUGGCCAUCCUCAAGGGCGAGCCGGCGCCCGAGGCGGAGGUGCCGUGCGAGGCGCCCGCGGAGCCCCUCGAGCUGAAGACGCAGUGCUUGUAGGAGCGGGGGGCGCCCGUGCCGCCGCCCCCCCGCCCCGGCCCCCGGGGGCGGCCUGCGCGCCGGGGCGGCAGCGGCGGCUUUUAGCUCUGCCCCUCUCCCUGCUCCGGGGACUUUCCUUUACUUUGCAGUGAUGGGGCCGCCCGGGGCUCCGCUUGGUUUUACCGCGGGGGAGGGCGGGAAGGACAC